AUGGAUUUACCGCCGCGAAGCUCCAAUUGGGUAGCGUUCGAGUCCACCUCUCUUCUCGUAAUUGCCAUUACAGCAGUUGCGGGCAAUGUUUUCAUUUGUCUCGCAACAGCAAGAAAUCCUAACCUACGAACGACGACUAAUUUAUGGGUAACGGCCUUAGCUGUUGCGGACUUGGCUCGCUCAUGCAUCACCGCGCCAAUGACUGUCGGAGCUCUUAUUUCUGGUCGCUGGAAUUACGGAACAGUAGGUUGUGUCAUUCAGGGAUUCUUCACGUACUUUCUCACCCUCGUUUCCUUAAUAACCAUGGCGUUUAUGGCCUUGAACCGAUACUGCCGAGUUGUCAAACCAUCACUUUAUUUGAAAAUUUUUACCAAACGACGCUCUAUCGCCUUGUUGUCAGCAUCUUGGUGUUUCUUAGCGCUGACAGUCUCUUUCCCGGUGAUAAUAGGCUGGGCCGAGUUUUCUUUUUAUCCUGGCUACGCCGCCUGCGUUUUGAAAUUCCACACGCCAACUAUGACAAGAACCUUUCUCAUGAUGGACGCUGGGCUGAUCCUCUUCCCUUGCAUGGUUACAAUAGCCGGAUGUUACUUCAAAGUGUUGCGAGCCGUACGCCUACACAACCUUCAGGUUGUAUGUUCACUGCAAAGAUCAUCUCACAGUAAACUUAUAAGCGGAGCGAAUAUAGAAGAAAUACGAGUGACAAAAACGCUCUUCCUCUUAGUUUCCACGUUUGCAAUUUGUUGGAUUCCCGCCUACACUAUCGCAUUUCUGUGCCGUGGAAACCUUGUGAUGAUUUCGUUUCAAGGGACCCUUGCUGUCACGUUUCUCGUGGGGCUCAACUCAGCAUGUAAUCCCUUCAUAUACGGGUACAUGAAUCGCUCCUUUAGAGUAGAGUUUUGGAAGCUUAUUCCUUGCAAAAGGGUGGAAAACCAAGUGGUGCCGCAGUUAGAAAUGGAAAACACUUCACCCCUGUCUUACGUUGGGACGCGGCAUUAACCAUUCGAUCAUCAUCAAAGUUCUCCUUAUGGUAUCGAUGCUUUAUAAAACAAAGCUGGUGAUGAGAAUUAGAGACAUGAUCACAAAGCUUGAAUCUGGUUUUUACUUUAACAACUUCUCCCUAACAACCUCUAAAGGAUGUCUAUAAGAACAACAAUUAGACUUUGAAUUUUGAUGGUAGAGUUUGAAGGAUUAAGACCAUGAAACUAUCUGCUGCUCCGUAUUGUACCACAUCGAAAACUUUUUAAACCCAACAUAGCCUGCUAAAACAGCCGACGCCGCCACUGGUUUCUCCUCGAAAUAGGGUGUUUAUGCAACGACGACGGCGACGGCUACGAAAACGUCACUUAAAAAGUGAGUUUGCGCUGCCUCAAACUUUAUCGCCCUUAUUCCAUCUCGUUUAAUUCGUCAAAUGAUGGCAAAUUUUUUUGGAGUUGAAUUCUAAAGGACUGCAUCAAAGUUCAGGAAAAGAAAAAGAAAGUUGUUCCCGUCCUCAACAAAACGUGAAAUUAACCAGUUUCACGUUGUAGUCGUGCAACGACGGCAGAGAAAUGUACAAAAAAAGCGUGAUGCACGUGCAAACUUCUAAACCUAUUGCUUUUUGCCGUUCUCGUUGCCGUCGCCGUCGUCCUUGCGUAAGCUACCUAAUGAUGCCCGUUGAACGACGGCAGAAAUUCCAUACUGGUGACGGUUUGUUUGAAACCAAUUUCCCUCGUGGUACGACCAAUCAGACGCACUACCCAGAUCUGAGUAGCAACACGCCAUCAGUACUGAAUUUCUGCGCUCGUUCCUCAAACAUCUUUUCGCGGGGAAACCACCGGUGGAGUCACGAAUUGUUGUCUGUUUCAGGCUAAAAUCAACCGCGCUGCAAGUCAAAAAUCGAGAAAUAUUAAAGUUUCGUUUCGUAAACGAUUUAAUUACAACUGGUAUCAUAGAAAAAUAAUGCCAAAGAUGUGUUAUUUGAUGAUCACACGAAAGUACUGCUCAGUAGCUUUCAUUGGAGCUGUCACACCAUAGGAUUUCAUCCUCAGAUUCAAAAGUUAGAACCACCUUGUACAGGAUAAUAAACAGUACCACAGGAACGUACUGCUCAGUAGCUUUCAUUUGAACGAUCACAUAACACCAUGGGAUUUGAUUGGAAGAUUCGAAAGCUAGGAUCGUUCUACAAGUCUACAUAAUUGACUCUGAAAGGGUAAUGAACAGUACCACAGGAAAGUACUGCUCAGUAGCUUUCAUGUGAAUGGUCACACUAUAGGAUUUCAUCCUCAGAUUCAAAAGUUAGAACCACCUUGUACAGCAUAAUAAACAGUACCACAGGAAAGUACUGCUCAGUAGCUUUCAUUUGAAUGGUCACACCAUAGGAUUUUAUCCUCAGAUUCAAAAGUUAGAACCACCGAGUACAGUAAUUUCGUUGUAUUCAGAACCAACUGUGAGUCUUCAGCCUCUUAUAUAUCCUUUUUGCAAGUUUUUUUUCUCUGGAUUUUUUGCUUUGCUGAGGACUAAGAAGGGUUGGCAAAUACUUAGAUAUCACGUAAAUAUUCUGAACGUUUUUCGAAAAAGGAGUGUUAAGUCUUAAUGUUUCGCCAUCCGAGCCUGUCAGUAGUUUUCGGCGGAAACGCUGGUUAUUUUAGUUGCUAGUUGAUUUCAGAAGAAAGUUCAAAUCUUGAGAAUUGUUUCGCUUUACACUACACGAGUGCUUGACUUAACAGGAAACUGCAUGGAAAAUUUUGGACAGAAUUUCAGUCUGAUUCCUGAGUGGAAAGCAAGCUGUGGCUAGCAUUUACUAGCCCCCAAUUUACAACAAAAUCUUAACAAUGCACUUGACAAAAUCCCUGAAAUGUUUGUAAAUUGUAAAUAAAGUUCCUACCAAGUGAGGUUUUUAAUUUACAAAAAGUUCCUUUUUUCAUUUGUAUCCGACUGACUUGGUAAAUACUAAAACAACUAUAUCCCUCAGGGUUGGCGAACAGCGCUAGAUAUAUACCUCGACGCUUCGCGUCUCACCUCUCCUUCGGGGGAUAGUUGUAUAAUACUUUCUUUGUACGCUGGGAAUGUCAAAACUUAACUAGCUCUUUAUCAGAAUCUUCAGUUUCCUGGGUCAGCGCUGAUGACAGUACAUCGUCAGUUGCAGCUGUAAAUUGAGUGUGCUGUCAACUGAGGACGACAUGGCUAAGAAGUGAUGACGUCACAAAAACUGAAUUUUAGAAUUUAUUGGAUUUGAAUGAAAUAAUCAGAAAGAACAAGAUGAAAACUGUCCAUGUACAAAAAUCAGCUGGUUCGAGCAAAUUGGCGCUGCGAUAUAUCCAACGCAGACGACUUAAUAAGAAUACUGGCUUGAAUAAACUGUCGUUUUUGUCUCGCCAUUUUAAAACACGCAAACCUAGGAAAAUGAAAUACUGUUUUUUUAUAACCACCUCCUUAGGUGCAAAAAGUGCACCUGGCUUGAAUCUUACCCUUUGCGAUCCAGAGUAAGAAGGAUUUAUAUGGAGUUAUUAGAGCAUAACGUUGCGUGUAUCUCACAGCCAAUUUGCUCUAACAAGCUGAUUGUUAGCAAAUAGACAGUUUUCUUCUUGCUCUUUGUGAAUAUCUCUGUCAGUGCCAUAAUUUCACAAAUUUAAUUUUUUGUGACAUCGUAUUGAGUCGUCUCCUGUUUGAAAAUCAUUCUGAGGAUGAUUCUAAGUGGACCCAGUGUGAGUAGAAAAGUCUUAGAUAGUGAUGAAUCAAGCUACGUAAUGAACAAAUAUAAAUAUUUUUCGAUUAACUGUAAGCCGAAGAAAAAAACACGUCUAAGCAUGUACGGAUGUAGCGCACAGGAAGCCAUAAAAGUGAUCGCCCUUGAUAGUUUGUUGAUGAUUUGUAAAUACACACGUAAUCCAUAGGGGUGAAAUCUAUCACGCAAAAAUUUCAACGUGGUAAAGCAAGCUGGACUGAUUGCCGAGAACUCUGAAACGACUCUAGAUUUCCCCGACUUUCUCAGCGUUUGACUCGUGAAGUUGUUUCGAAGUGAAAAUGAGUCCAAGAGAUUUACUAUCAAACAUUGAUCCGUGUACAUGACAAACGUGACUAGUAAUUAUUUGAUGAUAUACGCUGACACAAAUAUCUUUAAUUAUUCAAUACGUGCCUUUUCUUAAUAAAAAAAAAUUAAUGCUAAGAUAAUCGUUUAACCCAUUCACCACCGGUACAGUCUCAGCAAUGCGUUGCGGCUCCAGGCAACGGGCGGGUGCUGCCACGUUUCUCUUGUUUGUAUGUUAGAAAGAUUUAGGGGAAUUUUUUCCUUUGCUUGUCGAUUAUUUUCCUUAUAUUUUCACAAACAUAUAAGUAUAUCCAUGUCACUAUUAACCCUAGAAUUAUUUUCGACAUUUUUUCAGUAUAUGCUGGUUUCAUAAUUUCAGAUAUUGUCUACUUGAAUCUAACGUUUUCUGUUUGCCGGGAACGUUUUUCUAGGGCCCUUUAGAUCCUGACAGAAAACAGCAACACUACUGGUGUACCUUAUAGUUGGUAGUUUUUUUUGUUUAAUAUAACAUGACGAACAUGAAAUUUGAGUCUGUUGUUUGCCGUUCGAGUAUUUUGGGUCCUAUGUAUUGUUUAAUGCAGCAAUUGCCAUUAAAAGGCAAAUUUAAAAUAUUCACUACCAUACCUUAAAAUUGACGUGAUUCCAUCACGCAUCAAAUCGAAAACUUUAUUAACUGAGCAGGCUUCUCGUUUGUAACUACAGAAAGAGGCGUGGACAUUAUUUUUCAAUCAUUUCACUUAAUAAAAGUAACGCGAUCCUGAAAAUGCUGAACGCUUAAAAAAACGCGAAAAAUAUUUUUACUAUAUGUAAAAAAGCAUGGACAUAUCAGCCUUUACAAUAAGAUCUUUAAACAGAACGAAUGGAUGCUAAUCGGUUGUCAAGAAAUAUGACUUUUAUGACACCCUUUGGACAUGAAGCGCUUUUAUGACGUCGAGUGAUUCCUGCCUAUCAAAAAUAUUGCAUCGGAUGAUGUGUGCCCCCAGAUGCCAUUUUUAUCCUGAACAGGACUCAGCGUUAAGACGUAUAAUCGUGUGGAUUCGCAGGUAAGUGAGAAAAUGAUUCUCUUUAGCUUUUUUCACUCCUUCUGAAGGCGGCCAAAGGCAAAAUUUCAUGAGAAAUGUCCAAAUUUCGCUCUGUAAAAAACUGACAAAUAAAUGGUAUCACGUACAAGCGAUGCCAAAGAGGUUACAGUUAAAUACUUCUCCAAAAGCUAGAUGAAAAGAUGUUACCAACACUGGACAUUGCAACUGUUACAAAAGAACGAAACAUAUAUUAUCUGAAUUUGGAUUAAAAUGUUGGAAAUGGCAUUGAAAAAGUGUGAACCCCCGUUGAUGCAAAAUCACAAACAUAAGAGAUCACAACAAUAUUUUGAACUAUUUAUUUCACAAAAGACAAAGUGCAUUAAGAAACGAGUCAAAAAGGCGGCUUUCACGACUCUGCGUUUAGCUGCAGGAUUGAUGGAUUUAAACCACGGAGAUGAUAAACUGUACGGUUAACAAUACUAUCAUAAUUACUUUUGCCUUUCAAUGUGUAUGCGAUUUAAAGGAAAAGCCUUAAAUAUACAGUUCACCUUUCGGUUCAUUUCGCUUAAAAGCCGGCUUCAGGCGAUUCAGUCUAUUAUCGAGAACCUAUGAUACAUGAACAAAUAACACUUUAAAUUUUUAGCCGGCUUCUACCUUUGAUAUGUUUCCAAGAAAUGGUUGAAUUUCCUCGCGUUUAACGGGGAGAUACCUUCUUUCCUCAACACUGAAAGUCGUUUCAAGACAUUCGCAACGACAACAACAACACAUAUUUCGUUUAGGUAUAUAGUGUUUUCUCUUAACGACUAAAGUGUACGCAAGUUUUAAGCUUUUAACUCCAGGCAAGUUAAUUACUUGGUAUUUCGUAAGACCCUUUGUUAUAAAUUGAAGUUUACUAAAUGUUUUUCGAUUACAGACCCCGAAAUCGAAAGAAGAAAAAUUGAACUCAUAACCUGCGUCCUAUUAGCUUAAUGGCAUACACAGUUAUUUUGAACAUCCUGCCGAGUUUUUAAUUAAUUUCUUGGUUUAAAAUGAUCCUACUUAAUUGAAAUAAGUGGGAAAAGAUCAAAAAAAGGAAAAUAGAAAUUUCCCGACCAUAUGCGCACGUAUUCGUUCAUUGAAGCGCAAGGAAGCAGGUUUAAGCUGCGGCCAUAUCAAAUAAAUACUACUUCUUGUGCAUGUUAUUCCUUAGACCAUAAGUUAAAUACUAAAUCUUGAAAAGACAUAUUUAAACUUUAAAGAAUGACAUUUCGAUCCGUACCAACCUUCUCCUUGAGUUAAAAGUAAUUUUUUUAUUGCUGUCGGUUAGCGAUUUUUAUUUGUUUUUCAUGAACCAAUUGAAGACAGCUGUCGAAUAAAAAAACAAAUACGAUCUGCGAAAUAAGGUUUUUUUCAGAUAAACUAAGCAAAUACUAUGGAUACAACUGUCAUCUUCGAUUCCAUAAAAAUGUAUUCUUGCUAAUCUCACUGAAGACAAUUAUCCCUUUUUUUCAGUAUCAGUUUAGUAGUUCCAGCGGGGCCAUUUCCUAUGAAACAGUUUUGAACAAAAUUAACAGCGCAGGAAGGCAAUCUCGUGUUUGUUCAGGUCCAUUUCCACCAUGCCUGUCAAAGUUUAAUGGUUUAACUAUCAUUUCGUUUUCCUCAUUUUGAUGCCGUUUCACUCCAAACAACUGUUAGUAUUUCGUUUGACUUUUGAGUGUGGAUCUUCAUGCUCUACCAGUCUCUAUAAACCAUCUCUGUUUUUGAACUACCAGUUGUCAGAAACAAAUCAUCAUCAUCGGGGAUGUUUCACUUGCAAAUUGGUUCUAGCAUUACUGAGACUUAAUUACUGACGAGAUCAAGCAAAACUAAUUACGAGAGAAUGGCAAUGUGACUAACAAUAGACGACAGGUUAACUGUGACAAUAGACGGAUUCAUAACCAAUAGCAUCACGGCGUAACUGGCAGACGACCAAUAAAAUCGCGACAUAAUUGACCAAUCAGAUCAAUAACCGGAGUAUAAUAUUAUCAACUGACGUGAUGCAACUCACGUUGACUCUGAAGAUGACUACCGCACAGGUUGUCGAAACGUCAGUCACUGUCAACAACAACAGUCCUAUUCAGGACUACGUUCACCCGGACGAUCAAACUCCCCCUACUUUUGAUUACUGAGUCUGUGGACGAGAUCCGUCAAUGUGGCCAUGACAGUACUAUAUGCUCCUCCUCAUCGGCAUUUAUCAAGUGUUAUCAUCAAAACUGGCGAUUUUGCUUAAGCCCUUUCGAUCUACUUAUAGUAAUAAAUAAUGUAGUCUUGAGCUUGAUCCCUAUAAAUGAAACCGGCCUGCGGUCGGUGUGAUCAUUCAAACCUGACCUCUUUGGCAGUUAACUUUCACAUGGUAUUAACAGUUUGUCGGUAUUUUGCAAAAUGAAGUUUGGGAAUUUUGUUGAAUGUUGUUGUUGACCUCAGUUUUAGGAAAGGAGUUAAUGUUAACCGUCGGCAUGAUUCCUGACAGGCCAUGGUGUUGUGUUGUCAGUUAUGGACGGUCGUACAGGGGCUCUCUGGCACGGUUGACGGACCAAAAAAGUAACUAAUCACGAAUCACAGACAUCAAACUUUCAUUUCAGUUUCGAGUCACAUAAUCAACAUGUAAAGUACCGUUUUUUAUGUUGUGCUUACGCAAAAAGAAAAGUGGUAAAAGAGUUCCUAAAAAACAUCUCGAAAGUGGCGAAAAGAAAAAGCAAGACUACAAAUAGCAACUUACAAAAAUUCAUCAAUUUCAUUUAAUGCUUUCACUUUCUUUAUUUUUCUUCCGGAGUUCUCGAAACUAAGAAUCAGGGAGAAAUAAGAAAUAAAAUCACUAAUAUCGAUUAUUAAUUCGAGCUUUUCUCUGGGCACAGACAACCAUUUGGUCACGGAACACCACCACUGAAUUCACGAUUCACGAAAAACAAUAAUCACGUAUCACGAAAGUACUCCUGUACGACCCUCUUUAUAGGUUUGAAAAGCUGAGUGAAGCUGAACAAUUUAAACACGGUGCAACGAAUCAAAGAAAUAUGUUUUUAUACCAUAGCCGUGUGUCUAGGUUGACUGGUUGGCUAUCCAUGUUUGUUUGUAUUUUUGACAACUUCGUUGCUUGCAGGUGAAAAUUCUAACGACUACUAGUAAAAGAGGCUUCGGCUGAAUUUAGUUUUAAGCGUUAUUUGGCAAAACCGGUUGCGUUAAGAUCUCUAACAUCUUAAUAAUUAAUUUUAAAAAUUGUCAGAAUGACUACUGAACAACUCAAAAUAGGCGUGGUUUUGAAAACAGCAACAGGCUCUACCAACAUGUAUAAAAUUUCUCUUUAAUGCAUAAUUGUUGAUAGUCUUAUUCUUGCGUAAACCUUUUUUUUCUGUUAGAUAUUGCUUGCGCAAAAAAGGUUCAGUAUUUAUUGUUGUGCGGGUGAUAUAUAUAUCUCGUUUUCAUCUAGACCGUUCAAUUAAAAUUCUAGGAUCUUUUUAUUUGCCACAGAUUUUUCUACAAUUCAAACACCAGUUUUCUACCAAGAUCAAAGAUAAGCCCUCAUGGCUAGUGGCGAGGACAUCACUCUCUUAACACUGUUCUCGAUCCUGGAGAUAAUCUGUCUUUCGUUCAACGUCAUCGUCUGUGUAGCCAUUUAUCGGAGCAAGUCCCUGAAAAUACCAAUGAACAACCUGAUAUUUCACCUGGCAAUCUCGGAUUUUGUAAUCGGUCUGUUUAUCCUACCUCGACAUGUGUUUAGUGCGGCGUUUCGACAUCCGGUUGGCGUCGCUGGAGACUACCUUUGCAAGUUUAUCACGGGUAGUGGAAUUCUUUGGACUUGCUCCACAGCAUCUGGGUUUCUGCUUAUCGCCAUCGCUGUUGAACGCUUUAUGUCACUUAGAAUUCAGAAUCAGGGAAAGGAAAUUACUACUGCGCGGCUUAAUCGAGUGGUCGCAUUUUGUUGGAUUACAGCCUUAUUGGCGAAUUUACCAACGCUGAUUGUGUUUAGUUAUGAUGAACAAACGGACUUCUGCCAUGAAAAGUGGCCGACAUGGGUCUCUCCAAAAGCUUACGUUGCGUGUAUUUUUCUUUUUGGUAUAAGUUCAGUUUUGGUUAUGUUUGUUCUGUACACUCAAGUGAUAUAUACACUUUGGAACAGGCAAAGACGGGCGACAGAAAUUUCCCAGGCGGCGCGAAUUCGCGCGAGAAAAAAUAUCACAAAGUUACUGGUUCUAGUAACCUUUAUUCAUACAGUUUGUCGUUUACCCAACUACACCAUUUAUUUACUGGCAUACUAUGCGCCGUCGGUCAGCUAUGGAUCAAACGUUUACAAUUUAACCGUGUUGCUGAUCCUUCUGAAUUCCACACUACAUCCGUUUAUGCUCUUCUCGAAUGUGCAGGGAUUCACACGGCCAUUGUUUGUAUCGUUCUUCUGUUGCCGUGAUAACAGAGUCGUUGUCGAGCCAGAGAGCGAGCACAUAAGUUUGCAAGCUGUACGACCGUCAGUGUUUCUUUUACGUGACACAGAAACUGGUUUGAUGUCCAGACCUUUGGCACUCCCCAGCCGGCCGCACAGCAGUUCGUGA